GUUGAAUCAGCGCAGAAAGUGGAUAUCACAAUGGAGUAUAAAAUGGGCUGGACCGAUGAACGACUUUCAUGGAAUCCAGCAGACUACUGUGGAAUCAACGAAAUUUAUUUGUCGCGAGAGGAUGUUUGGGUCCCUGUGGCGUCACUAUUGGUGAAAGUUUCGACAGAAAAUUAUCUCAGCUCAUUCAGGCAAUUCACAACGGACUAUCGUGAAGACUUCCAAAAUCGAGGAUUGCUUCAUUUUGGCAGUUCUCCAACUGUGGCUGCUCCAAGGAAUAUGGCUGUGGCUGCUCCAGGGUAUACGAUACGUCAAUUCCCAUUCGACAGUCAGAACUGCAGCAUCGUGAUGAUGGCGCAAUCGCUUUCAGUUCGAGAUUACACUAUGGAAACAGACAUAUUGCCAGAAAUCUUCUCGAAUAUCGGAUUACUGGGACGGUAUAAACUCAGCAUCCUGGGUGGAUGUGGGGAGGAGUUAGUGUUCCGUUUAACGUUCCUGACACGACAUGAAGACGACAUCAGAAUUGCAAGUCCUCAGCACGCUCAGUUAGCUCUGCGCGAUAGAAUAUUCGGUCUUCGCCUUCAUCGACAAGAGAGACCUGUGGGUGUAUUUGUUGUGGUGAAUCUAGCCCUCAUGGUGGCAUCGCUAGGCCUCGUCCUUCUUCUGCCGUAUAUUCGGUUACCCUCAGCUCUUUUCAUCAACAGAAAAGUUGGCCGCGACGAGAAGAAACUCGCGAUGGGUGGAGUCGAUGGCAGCGCAGAAAAUACAAAGGAAAUCGCGCCAUUACUGAACGUCACUCUGUUGAUUCUGCUCGAACUUGCUAACCUUACAAAUUUUUUGGUAUUAAUUUUGUAA